CCACAUAUACAUAUUCCUCUAAUAGGGACUCCACGAGAUAUCUCAUUUUUAUUAGGGGAAGGUCGUUUCUGCCACCAUAUGUAUAACCACCACAUGCAACAAAGAACCUUCAACUUCUUCUUCUUUUCUACAAACAGAGGACUUUAGCUCAAAACUAGUUAGUUGAUUUUAGUUUGGGCGGUAGAAAUUAAUAUUGGAAUGGAUUUCGACCUUGAUGAAUUGCUGAGUUCUGGUGUUGGUAGUUAUAAUUUUGAAUGGUUGUUGACGUUUCUAAAGGGUAUGAUAAAGCCACUGGCUGCUACAGCAGUGGUGCUCGUGGCGGUGAUCCUGUCCUAUAUGCAAAACCUUGGUUUGGGGGGAGAGAUGGUGUACUCCAUCGUUAGAGCCUUUCUUCAGCUAUCUGUUAUUGGGUUUGUUUUGCAGUUCAUUUUCAGUCAGGACCACGCUGUAUGGAUCAUCCUUGCUUACAUUUUCAUGGUCUCUGUCGCUGGAUAUACAGCAGGACAACGUGCCAAACAUGUUCCUAGAGGAAAAUUGGUGGCUGGUGCUUCUAUCCUUGCUGGUACUGCAGUGACAAUGUUCCUGCUCGUUAUAUUGAACGUUUUCCCCUUCACUCCACGGUACAUCAUUCCCGUUGCAGGCAUGAUGGUUGGAAAUGCAAUGACAGUUACUGGAGUUACAAUGAAAAGACUCCGCGAUGAUAUCAAAGUCCAAAUGAACCUGGUAGAGACAGCAUUGGCACUUGGAGCAACUCCACGUCAAGCCACACUUCAACAAGUGAAAAGGGCUCUUGUUAUUGCGCUUUCUCCUGUACUGGACAAUGCCAAAACUGUGGGUCUCAUUUCACUUCCUGGAGCAAUGACUGGGCUUAUCAUGGGAGGGGCUUCUCCACUAGAAGCUAUUCAAUUGCAAAUUGUGGUGAUGAACAUGCUCAUUGGUGCAUCAACUGUUAGUAGCAUUAUGUCCACUUAUCUUUGUUGGCCUGCUUUCUUCACCAAAGCUUAUCAAUUAGAAACCAAGGUAUUCUCUACUGAUUGAGGUUUAUUGAUACUGUUGCAAACACCCUACCGCAUAUGUAACACUUGAAAUGGCAAGGGAGCAGUAUCAAUAUCUGAAAAAUCUACUAUGUGAUAGUUUCUGAUUGUACAAUGCGUAAUGCGCAAAUGAAAUGAUAACACAGUGCAUGCUUGUGGUGCGCACUUGAAGCGUUAUUGCAUUA